AUGGGCACCGCUCUUUCCACCUCCUGGGCAUCUGUCCCGCCCAUUGCCAUGUUCUCCCCUCCAACUCCCGCGGCGUACACGACCGCCCUUACAAUUUUUCAGUACUUCCCUGUGUGCACCAUUCUGCAAUGGAUUCUUGCCUGGCACCCGGCGGGCAAAACAUCCCUCCCGGAGUCACUUUUCAACAUCCCAGGCCGAGUAGCCUGGUGCCUCAUGGAGAUUGUUGGUCCACUCAACUUGCUCUACAGCCUGUCUCAGACCACACCCUCCUUGUCUGAGCUACCAGCCCCGAACCAGUUGGUUGUAGCCCUAUACUGCAUUCACUAUGCCAACCGGGCGGUAAUUUCGCCUUUCUUUUCGGCGCCGAGCAUGUCGCCUAUCCACCUGUUUGUCAUGGUGAGCGCAAUGGGAUUUAAUUGGUUCAACUCUUCGUGUCUGGCUGGGUGGCUAUCCGGCUACGAGAUUCCCAUCCCCGGAUUCCGGACCAACGGUGCCGAGGCACUGGGCUCCUCUUCCGUGCGUUCUGAAUCAAUCUCACUGGUUCAAAUACUCCCCAUCAUCGGGACUGUCCUGUUCAUUAUCGGCAUGGCUGGUAACAUCUACUCGGAGACGGCACUGUUCCAAUUCAGGCGGGAUGAAGCAGAGAAGCGCUCUGCAAAGAAAUCGGACGAGACCCCUGCCAAUGGCAACAACAAGUUCCACAAGGUCUAUGUCAUCCCACCGACAAAGGGCGUGUUUCGAUCCAUUCUGUACCCUCACUACGUCUUCGAGUGGUUGGAGUGGACUGGAUUUGCUCUCGCUGGAGUCGCAGUGUUCCCCCUUUCUCUGUCUACUAAGAUCGGCACUGCCGCUAGCGCAGGUAUUGCUCCACCGCUUCGGCCUGCACCGUGGAUUAUUCCUGCUGCAUGGGCCGCGGAUCGGUUUGGGUUACCUCUUCCUCUGCCAGCCGUGCUGUUUGUCAUCAACGCUGUUACAAAUAUGCUGCCCCAUGCCCGAUGGGGGCGCAAGUGGUAUCUGCAAAAAUUUGGAGAGAAGGGUGUGGCGGGCAGAGGUGCUGUCGUGCCGUGGUGCGCGUGGAUGUAA